UUUCCUUCCCUGCAUCCCCUCCCAUCAGUAUCCUGUACCCCUCCAGCCUUCCCCAUGGACCCCACCCUCAUCCAUCCACCCCAUCCCCAAUCUUUCCCCCCCCUUUUACCUGCAGUUACCAUCGCUGGGUCACCCCCACCUCAUGUCCCUGUGCUCUCUGCAUCUCAGCCCCCCCCAUCAUAAUGUCGCUCUGUGACAUGCUUGGUCAGGAAUGGGAAUGUUAUGUAUGUGCUUGCCAUUAGUGGGGCACAUAUGUGUACAACAGGGCCUCACAUGUGCCCUGUGUACGGGACACGUGUGGAGCUGUGGGUGCACAGUGUAUGUGCAGGGCUGUGCAUGGGUGUGGGAAUGAAUGCGUGCAACCUGCCCCCAUUUUCUCAGUCCCAUUUGCCCAUUUUCACCUUUUCUUUACUUACUUUUCUCACUGGAUUGCUUCCUGUGUCUCCCCCCCUCCCCCAGCUCGUGGCUGGUGGCUCCGGGUACCCCAUCCCUACAAAGGAUGGCCCUACAAAAGGCUAUUGUCCCCUGCCCUGUGUGACAGGCAAGGCGGGCGGGGGGAGGGCUCCAGAACAAAGGGGUAUUAUCUCCAGGGUGGCUGUUGUCCCAUCGUCCCCACAUCCCCACCAUUGCUGUCCCCACAUCUCCACCAUUGCUGUCCCCGCAUCCCCAUCGUUGUUCUCCCCACAUUCCCAUCAUUGCUGUCCCCACAUUCCCAUCAUUGCUGUCCCCACAUCCCCAUUGCUGACCCCACAUUCCCAUCACGGUUAUCCCCUCAUCCCGAUCAUUGGUGUUCCCCGUCCCCAUCAUUGCUGUCCCCGCAACCCCACCGCUGUUGUCCCCACAUGGUUGUCCCCACAUUGUUGUCCCCAUGGUGUUGUCACCCUCCUGAAGUCCCUUCGUGGUGCCAUCCUGGUGACCCCCAUCUCCAUCCCCUGCAGAUCCUGAGCACGGUGGAGGCUCCUGGUGCUGCAGGGCCAUCAGGCUGUGGCCCUGUCCCUGUUGCCGUCCCUGUGGUUGCAGUGGCAGCAGUGCCUAACGGUGUUCCCCCUGGCCCCCCUAUGGCUGAUGACAGCAAAACCAACCUGAUUGUCAACUACCUACCCCAAAGCAUGAGCCAGGAGGAGCUGCGCAGCCUCUUCGGCAGCCUUGGGGACAUCGAGUCCUGCAAGCUUGUCCGUGACAAGGUCACCGGGCAGAGUUUGGGCUACGGCUUCGUCAACUACGUGGAGGCAGGCGAUGCUGACAAAGCCAUCAGCACUCUCAAUGGCCUCAAGCUGCAGACGAAGACAAUCAAGGUGUCCUACGCCCGGCCCAGCUCGGCCUCCAUCCGUGAUGCCAAUCUGUAUGUGAGUGGCCUCCCCAAGGCUAUGGGGCAGAAGGAGAUGGAGCAGCUCUUCUCCCAGUAUGGCCGCAUCAUCACAUCCCGCAUCCUCGUUGAUCAGGUCACCGGUAUCUCCCGGGGGGUGGGCUUCAUCCGCUUCGACAAGCGUGUGGAGGCUGAGGAGGCCGUGAGGGGGCUGCACGGGCAGAAACCAUUGGGGGCAACCGAACCCAUCACAGUCAAGUUUGCCAACAGCCCUGGGCAGAAGUCAGGGGGGGCCCUGCUCAGCCUCUGCCCCGGUGCCCGCCGUUACAGCGCCCUGCAUCACACCCCGCAGCGAUUCCGCCUGGACAAUUUGCUGAACGUGGCUUAUGGUGUGAAGAGGUUCUCCCCACUGGCCAUCGAGGCUGUACCAGGGCUGGGAGCUGGAGUGGGGCUGGGAUCCCCAGGUUGGUGCAUCUUUGUGUACAACCUAGCGCCUGAAACAGAUGAAAGCGUCCUAUGGCAGCUCUUCGGACCCUUCGGUGCCGUCACCAACGUCAAAGUCAUCCGUGACUUCACCACCAACAAAUGCAAGGGUUUUGGUUUCGUCACCAUGACCAACUAUGAGGAGGCUGCUGUGGCCAUCGCCAGCCUCAACGGGUAUCGCCUGGGCGAGCGCGUCCUGCAGGUCUCCUUCAAGACCAGCAAGCAGCACAAGGCCUGAAACCCACCUUUCCUACCCCUGGCACUUCACCUAUGCCCCCCUCCCCCCCCAUCCUCCCCCCAAAAAACCACAAACCCUCACUAUGGGCUUCCAGAAACUGCUGGACCUCCCCUGAGCUGGGGGGGGGGCAUUAAGGGUGGGGAGAGGGAUGCAUGCAAAGAUUCUGCAGGGUAUUCCUUCUCCCCUUCUCCCCCCAGCCCCACACACAUCUGGGACACAUCUGCAAAGAGUUUGAAUGGGGAGGGGGGGUUGUGGGCGGUAACCCCACACUAUUGGAAUGUGGUGGGGCACUCACAGGCACUGCAGGAAACCUGGGGGAGGAUUUUGGGGGGAAAGGCAGCACUCAAAUUGGGGUACGUUGGGGGGGGGUCUCUCUACACCCUGGGUCGGUAUCAGCCCCCCCCCCAACGGCUUGGCCACGCCCACAAAGGAGGUCACGCCUACCAUGAAGGCAUCCCACAUAAUGGCGGCCACGCCUACAACGGAGACCACGCCUACAAACCGAGGCCACACCCCCCGAACGGAGGUCACGUCCCCAUACCCUUUAGCCACGCCCCCGUUAGAGGCGCUCUUUGGCGGUGGCCGGACCACUGCAGCAGUGCCGUGGGGCCAGGAGUUCGAAUCCCGGCUCUGGCUGCUUUCCCCACUUCCCUCCCUCGAGCCCCAACCACCCCAAAUUCGGCUUUUUUUGUCACCAAACUGGUGCCAAAAUAGAGGCCACACCAACCCUUCCCUGCUCUCCCUCCUGUUUUUAUUCAUGUUCUUGUCCCCUCUGGGGGGAGAGGUGGGAGGGCAGAAGGAUAAUUAAUAAUAAUAAUGGUAGCGUUAACAGUAGAGAAAUGAGAGGCCAAGGGAGCGAGCAGCAGCUCCUUGGCACGACAGACACAAAACCAUCUAUUUUUGUAAGAGAAGAAAAAAAAAAAAUCCAAAAAAAUACCCCAAUACUCCAACCCUUUCUUGACACUGCACUUCUAUGGGAGGGGGGGGGGAACUGAGUGGGACCCUUUGCCUCAUAGAGGGGUCACGGGGAGAGGUUGUGUGGUGAUUGGGAGCAAUGGGGUGGCUUCAAGGAGGUUCUGAUCACCCAACCAAUUCCCAGGGCUGUGAUUUCUGCUUGGCUGGUUCUGACCUCUGGGGCAAAGCAGCACCCCUCCAGUUUCCUCCCCCAUGACUCCUAUUAUUAUUGUUCUGGCUAUUGUUCUGAUUAUUAUUAUUGUUGUUUCUAUUAUUAAUUAUGAUAAUUAUGAUUGCUAUUCCCAUUAUUUAUUUUUCCUUCAGGAUGGCUCUGUGCUUUUUUUGCCCUUUGGUUCCCAUUUUAUUCUAGCUCUGAUUCUGCCUCCACCACCCCUUGGCCCUACUUUGUGUUGCGUUGCUCUCAUUUUCCCCACUCAGCUCAACCUUUUCCCUUGCCCGGGGCUGCAGAACCCUUCAAACCCCAGGCUGUAGGGACCCCCAAAAAGCAAUAAGAGCUGCACCCACUGUGGGGGGUCACUACCUGGGUCCUCCCUCUGCUAUUUGUUUUGAGGAGGAGAAGCCCCAAAAUGAACACUCAUGGGUGCAAGGAAGGUCCCCCUGCUGAGUGACCCCCCCCUCCCCCUCCAUCUCAGACACUUUGUAUUUUUCA